AGUGUGACAGAUGACCUAUGGAAAUGGUUUCGGAGCACUGCUGGGGUUGCCAGGACAACCCGUGCUCCCUGGGCCUGCGCCUGGCCAUGUGACAGCCGCCUUGACGUCAGCUGGAGGCAGAGCCUGCGGUUUCGGCCGCGCAGUCAAAGCCUUGUGAGAACCCAGUGGAUGCUGGAUUUAUCCCCGCCGCUGCCGCCGCCGCUGCCGUUUCUCAGGGGCUGCAGGAGCAUGGACUAUUAACAACUUGCAUUUCUGCAGUGUGAGGUAACAUUUUGACACCAAUAUGGGAAAGCAGAACAGCAAACUACGCCCUGAAGUCAUGCAGGAUUUGCUAGAAAGUACAGACUUUACAGAACACGAGAUCCAGGAGUGGUACAAAGGCUUCUUGAGAGACUGUCCAAGUGGGCAUUUAUCUAUGGAGGAGUUUAAAAAAAUAUAUGGGAACUUUUUCCCUUAUGGGGACGCUUCUAAGUUUGCGGAACACGUAUUCCGCACUUUUGACGCCAAUGGAGAUGGAACAAUAGAUUUCAGAGAAUUCAUCAUAGCCUUGAGCGUAACGUCAAGAGGGAAACUGGAGCAGAAGCUGAAGUGGGCAUUCAGCAUGUAUGACCUGGACGGGAACGGCUACAUCAGUAAGUCAGAGAUGCUGGAAAUCGUGCAGGCAAUCUAUAAGAUGGUUUCUUCUGUAAUGAAGAUGCCGGAAGAUGAGUCGACACCAGAGAAGAGGACAGAGAAGAUCUUCCGCCAGAUGGACACCAACCGUGAUGGAAAGCUCUCUCUGGAGGAGUUCAUCCGAGGCGCCAAGAGUGAUCCAUCCAUAGUCCGUCUCCUGCAGUGUGAUCCCAGCAGCGCCGGGCAGUUCUGAACCCAUUUUUGGAUGAAUUCUGUAUCUGCUUUUUUUUUUCCCUUGCCAAACAACAUUCAUGGUAGUGUUGCCUCUGUAUGGCCAAUUAUGCCUUCAUUUGUGGCAUCUUAUAGCUUCUUUUGUUGUGGAUUAAUUAUAAGAAUGCUGAAUUGCUCUUAACAAGUUGUCCAGAGCACGGGCAGUACUGUUUUAAACAGAUAUUGUGGUGUUAUAAUCGUUUUAAAGAUUUCAUUUUGGACUUUUUUGUUUUAACGUGUCUGUUUUGGAAAGUACACGUUGAGAAGGAGUGAACCAACAACAAAGCCCUUGGCAGCAAGACACACUGACAGAUCUUAGAUUGCUGCUUUAGUCACUGAGUAUUCACUCGCAGGACCCAAAAGCGUAGUCAAGAUUGAACUAAAGUGGUUGUGAUGGGUUGGGUGGGAUUCACCUGGAGCUCUUCCUCUCCUGUCCAGGAGGCACCAGCUGAGGUCAAAGACAGGAUAGGGAGGAAGUAUGAAAGUGCAAAUCGUGUGCAGGGAGUAUUGCCUGCAUCCCUGCUCCAAUGCCUCAUUGAUUCAAUGCUGUGAACAUUUUCCAGGUUGUGAAGGAGAAGGGGCAAAAACAAAGGUUGACUUUUUUACUAGGUUUACAGUGGUUGAUUUCACGUGGCUUUGUCUGAAAGUUCAGCAAUCUGCAAUCCUGAUCCCCAAAUCCACAACUGACGAUACCUCUUGCCAUUUGGGAUCAGCAAAGGCAGACACAGAAUAUGGAAAACUGGGUCUUGACAAUGAAUUUAAGGGAGAUACAUGUUGAAUGUGAAACUUUCAGGUUAGUAAUAAAGCAGUUUCUACUAAGGAGAGUGGGCAUUCAUGUGAGGAACUCACAGACACCUGCAAGCAGCUCCAGCUGAGGCACAUCUGCUGCCCGAAUGCUCUUUCAUAGAAGAAAGUUUUGGGGGUGUUUUGUCUCUCUCCACAUAGCUAACAGAGUUUGUAGGCCUGCUCUUAGGGGAAGGCUGUCAUCAAAACUUGUUUUAAACAUAAAAUUGUAGCAUUUACAUUUCAUUUAUUUAGUAAAGUUCAAAAACUCUGUACUGAAAUGAGGAAAUGGUACGCUUUAUGGUAUAUUUAUAUAUAUAAAAUUAAAACAAAACCAAGAUCAGCUCUUGAGAGAAAUGUUGAAUGUUUAUCUUUUCGCCUAGAUGCAGGAGUUCUGAAAUCUGCUGCUGCAAAAUUUCAUCCUUUGGUCAAAGUUGCUGUAAGCAAAUCUAGUUCACAUAGGUGGGAUUUCUUAGGGACCUUAUCAGCACUGCCGCAACAGAAAAGCUUUAGCGACAGGAGGCAUUAUGCUGACCAAAUUGGCAUUAAUCUGUCAUUAGCUGAAGCCUGCUCUGUGAUCCUGUUGGAGAGGUACCCGUGUUGGCAGUGCACAGCGCGGGGAAUUCAUGAGCUCGUUAGAGUAACCCUUUGUCUGAUCGGCAAGGUUGGCGUUCUGUCAAGUGACCUUGUAGAUGCUAAUCCCCAGUAGCCUUAAUUUAAAAUAAACUAAGUAAAAUAAGUCUGCUUUGCAGAUGUUGGGUAGCUAAGUGCUAAUCAGAAGUCAUGAAGAAGUAGCUGGGUAUGAAGAGUUUUUUGUUGAACACUAGCUAGCAUGUACAAUAACUGAGAGAAAAGAAUCCUAGACUGAACUUUUCCAUACGGUUUGCUUUGCCAGGUGUGAAGUGCAGAGUAUAUUAAAAUAAAACAUAAACUGAAAAUAACAUUGCUAAUCAGUUGUACUAAAAUUAUUCUGAGUGGCUAAUUACACUCAAUGAAUGUCAUCCGGCACACACCUUUGUCUCAAAUGAUGUGUGUGGGAAAAUGAGGAGGCAUCAGAGGCUCAGCCACAGACACAAACAGAUUUCAGUACCUAGGAUAUUUAGCUGUUACAAGCAUCCCUGACAAAUUUUGCACCAGUUCUUCCAGCUGAUAGAAAUCUUCCCUAUAUCUUUCUCCCUAAUAUUCAUUAGACAUCCUGUGCACAAAUCUAACCCCUCAAAGGACAGCCUGUGCCUGCCUCCUUCAAGGUAAUUUUCAGAUUUAUCUGGAGAGGUUCUGGCCUGUAUCCAUCUCCCAUAUCCAUCACCUCAUGCCGUGUUCUCCCUUAGUGCUUUGAGGGCAGUUUUCCAGCAGGACGAGCCUGGCCAGCCUGCUGGGAUUGCUGCAGGAAGGUCAGUGGGCAUGCACUGAUCAGCACCCACUCUAGCAGGCAGCAACAACCAGUCCCACUGUCCCCACCACUCCCAGGCACUUCAUCGCCACUGCUGCACAGGCAGGACUAGGUGACACUAGUGGAACCCUCCUGAACUUCUAACGUACUGGCUCAGUGCAGACACCCACAUCCAAAGCAGCCCAGACCUACAGCAUUUACUGAAGGUGAACUGGGACAUCUUCCACAGUUCCAUCUUCUGAAUGUUGUGAGAGCAGAUGCAUGUGACUGAAACUUUUAAAUCCUUGCUUUUUAUUGAAGCGACUGCAUUCCAUCUCUUCUUAUUUGAUAAGAUAUUUCUAGCCCAGAACCUUAUCUCUCCAUUUGUUGAUGCUCGGUAGUUUUGGGGCUUUAAGGCCAGGUUUGCUUCACGUGUUACAACUGUACAACACGUGUUUGAAAAAACCCCUGUGAUAUAACCCCAGGCCAGUGGAGGUGUAAUUCUUCCCACAGUUCACAAAAUCUGGAAGAAUAAGAAUUAGCCUACAGCUGCAGAGGAUAUAGCUGGAGAUAAGGCUAUUGUGUAAACACUGACAGAGUGAACUAAGGUUAUUCUUUUACCUAACUACCACUGAUGGUUGGUAUUGGUUUAUAUUAUUAGCUAUUCUUUUAUUUGUCUGCCUCCGCAUGUACUUGAAAAGUGAUUGAUAGCUGGAGUUGUGAUAGGAGUAUCUGCAGACCUGUGCCAGCAGGACAGAAGUAGUGAGAUCCACCUUGACUGGAAUUUUCUGCUUUGCUGCUAUUCCCACUUGCAAUCAUAACUGCCUUCAUGAACAGAAUUACCUAUCCUGUAUAAAACAGCACAGCGAGUCAGACACUUCAAGCAAUCAGCAGUAUUUCCAUGCAGGAAGGAUGGCAGGCAGCACAUACUGCUUCACAUCACUUCUCAGUUUUGUAGAUGAAUUCUCCAGUAGCAGUGCAUGUGAAAGAGGUAGCCUUCACUCAUGUGUUGUCCAAAGGAAUUAAUGAGUACAUCCUGCAUGUAGACUGAAUCCAUGGAAAAUGCCAGUCCCAUUUAUUCAGCAUUCCCAAUCAGCUUGCCAAGCUCUGGGCCAGAAGAUGUGAAGUGAGGACUGUGGCUUGUGUGAUCUGCAGGAGCCUGAUUUGGUUUAGGGUGCUUUGGGAAGGGAAAAGGGAACACAACGCUUGCAAAACCAGCACACACCAGGUUUUUGUGAGCACUUACAGUUUGAGAGGGGCUGAGGAAAGGCCUGUGUUUCAAGAUUAUUUGAAGCCCUGUGAGUUCACAGCAGUGGAUGCUCCUGAGGUACACGGGGCUGUGCUGUUCUUCUUGCUGUUCUUAGGAGCUUGUAGGAUUUUCAUCUUAUUGUUAGUACAUUUUGUCUCUUGUUGCUCUCUGUUACUAAGCAUGACCUACACAUUUUGUAGACACUGCUGCUUAAAACAGUAAGCUGAAAGUAUGCAACUUCUGUGGCUGAGCUCUAUGUGCAGAAGUAUGGCACACCAGCACCAGAAAUGGUCACACAUGACCAAGUCCCCAUGGUUUAAUAACUGCCCCUGCGGGCUGAACCCCAGCACUCGUCAGCAUGUGCUCUGGUCAGUGGUGGAAAACGUGCAAUAAUGCAGCUUACCUUGAUUUUCUUUCACUGCAGACCAGGCUAAGUCGCAUUACCUUGCAUUUGCUGUGGGCUGAAGUGCACACAUGGGCAGAAACCUCAGCUCAGCUGACUCAUGGAAACUUGGUGAACUCUGGUAACUGAUGCUGAGCCCUAAUCUGCAGACUAAUCUGAGAACGUGGCCGUGGCUGAACGUCUCUCAGUCCAUGUGAACCAGGGAACACGGUGACAACUGGCAGGUUCCUUGGGGCCACGUGGUGGUGGGGAGGGAAUCUCCUGCCUCGGAACAAAUGGUUUGAGCUCAGCUGUCCCCCUCCUUUUAAAACUCUCUCCAAUUUUGUAGCCACGCUGGUGCAGAUGCAAUAUGACAGCAGCGUAGCGUGGUCAGGAUACAGGAGGCAGCCUUCAAAGGGUCUUCCUUUUGAAGCCUAGUGUACAAGUGCCAAGUGAAACGUGUAGGGGAGGGCUGGACAACCCGCACCUCUCUUUGUCUUUCUCAUGGUGUGCCCUCGGUUUCCUGGCAAGGUCUUUGGGCUUGGAGUUGGGCGUCAGGUAACUGGUGCAAGGCAAGUCAAGAAGACAAGUUCACCUGCCCUUUGCACAAACAUUUGGGUGCAUUCUUUGCUCUGUGUCUCACUGGGUGGGAUCUCAUGUAGGAGUCUUAUAGGGGGGAAGUUGGUUUCCUUGGUAUCAUGGGUAGAACUUGUGCUUAGAAAUGCAGAGACACUUGGCAAGCACAGACAGCAGUGCUCAGAGCUGCAUGUGGAGUUUUCCAUUGACUGUGCAGUGAGCAGAUAAGACACAAAGCAGUGAUAUGUCAGUCUCAUGGUGUGAUGUGCUCUGAGAUACGGCUAGACCAGAAACGGCACCGUCUAGCUGAGCAGUUCUGUCUGCUCUGUAUUCAGGCAGAAGCACUGACAAAAUAUGCUUUUGAGUAUCUUCAGCAUGAGCAUGCAGCUGCAGUAGCAGCUCUUUCUUACAUAUAAGCAACAGUGCUGUUCUCCAGGGCCAGGUUAAAAGCCGAACAAACAGCUUCCAGGAAGAGCAUAAGGCAUUUCCUAAGUGUAUCUGAGGGCAAAACAUUGCCUGCAGGAGCUUUCUUCCUGGUGGUAAGCAACAAGGAAAAGCUCUGUUUGGUUCUGAAAGCCCAGGUAAUACUUUGCAGGCUGGGGAAGGUGCGAAGAACAGCUGUGUUUUAAGUAAAGGGAGGGAAAAAGCAGCAGGGUUUGUGAAUUGACAUGGAAAGCAGUGACACUAGAAAUCACAUCCAUUGCUGAGGGGCUGCAGAAGCCAACAGGUGCCUCUGGAUUCAGAGCAGUAGAAUGAUCUGUUGGAUGCAAAGUCAAUCUCCUUGUUCCUUGCAGAAACCAACCCUGGCUACCAUGGGUGUCUCAGUUAGCAGCACCCCUUAUUCCAGCCUGGCAUUUGCUGCUGUUGCUUCCAAAUCAUCCAUAUUGAGAAGUUGUUUCAGGUAGAGAUUUUCACAGGAUAAAAUAUGAAGCCCUUCAGAUAUACUCUCCUUAUCUUAAGAAGUAAUAGCUGAAAGGGCCAGAUGUGAGAGGCUUCUCACAAUGUACGGAGUUGAUUUCCUCAUUACUCCCACAGGUCAAAAGUUAUUUUAAUGUGUAUACUUGGGAUUAAGCUAUCACAUGUAAAAUGCUGACUAAUGCACAAUAAAUAAGACAAAAACACGAUUGGGUUGUAGUGAACAAUGUGAAAAGGCUAGAGAAAUGAAACGCUCUAAGAGACAUCACUGCCUUCAGACCAGGGGCUGAAUUUGCAAGGUGAAGCCCCCUUAAGCAAUAGUCAGCACAGAACAGCUUCUCUUCACCAGCCCAGUCUGUGGGACCUCCUGGGCUCUUCCAUCCCCACAUCGCCAUGUGAUGAGGAUGGGAACUCUGGCUCAGAUCAUAUCUAAGGUCAUCUGAGCUUAUUCAGCCUGCUGAGUGCUUCCGAGAUCUCAAGGCAUGCAAUGGUCACUGUCUCUGUAGCAUUCUCUUACUGUGCAGCUGAGACACAUCUUAGAUCUUCCCCUCUUGCCCUGACCUUAUACCAAAGAUGUUCUCACCUUCCAGGGCAGGCGCUCAGGGUGUCUGGCUCUCUGAGGCUUUGCUCCCAUCUCCUGGUUGGCAUCCCCACCCGCUAUGUGAAUGGGUAACAAACAUCAGCCCUUGAUAUCUGGAGGAGCCAACCUUGAUGCGCUUGAGCAGCUGCUGGUUUGGUUCCCAGCCUUUGGUCCUCCUGUGCGUACCUUGCCAACCACACUAUAUUUCCCACUAUUAAGUAAUGGCAGUAUGAAUCAUUUCAAGAACACACUGAACCUCUGGAACAAUGUGGUUUUCAUGACCGUGUAUGUGUUUGUUGAGGCACUGCAGGCUGAACCUGACUGGUGCUCGCUCUCUGCUCCCAUGGUUCAUUCCACCGGGGGCUGGUUUCUUCCAGGCAGGAGCAGUAUCUUGCAAUGCAUCACCAUGCAGCGUGCAGUGCCCCAGUGCUGCCGGAGCACCCAGAGGCUGUGGACCAAGAGAUCAUUUUGUUGCGGCAAUGUCAGGUGGAAACUGUCAAAAACACGUGUGGAGAGUGUGACCUCUGGGUUUCUCCUCCCUGGGGACAGGGGCUUCAGCCGUACUCAGGGUUGGCCUCAGGCUCCCGCAGCGAGCAGGAUGAUGGUGAUUAGCAAACCCACCUGAGACAAUCCUCUUAGAUUCUAAACUUCAUUUGUGCUGUUAAUUGGCUGCGCUCCGAGGGAAGAUUAACGGGUCCUGUGUGGUUGUUUGGGGAGAAGUCACAGUUCCCUGACAACACCAGCUUUUUAUUCCCUGUCAGGAGCUUAUUCCCAUUUCCGGGGCAACCAAACAGUUUUAUUAGUGUCUGGGAGAAAAGAAAAAACAGAGUUCCAAUCAGAGAAGGAUCUAAGGAAACUGUCCAAAGACAUCAUGCUCCAUGUUAGCCAUACGAAUGUGCUACAAGAUCAUGUUGCUUUGGUAUUUUUUGUUUAAUUUCCUCGUUCAUGUUUUAGUUGUGUUCAUGGCUUGUUUGUUUAUUAAUUUUGGACUAUCUCAGAUUCGGCCCUGACGGUUGUUUAGCUCCUGUGCUAGCAAAAGUCCCAAUGAUCCCAAAAGCAGAGCUGCCUGAGCAGCUACUAGCAAGGUGGGCUCACUGUGCCUAGUAAAAACGAAGUGCUUAGUUAUGUUAGGGAUUAUUUUUGUCUGCACAUAUGCUGCAAGGGGACAGAUUGAGCCGCAUUUCAAUAUGCUUAUCUCUUCCACUUGCUCACUUCAAUUCUGUCUGAGCAGUCUUGUAGUUAGUAUUUGUAUACUCAGUUCUGUUCUGCUCUUGAAUCAGAGGAGACCAAUAUUGGCCUCUUCUGAUGGAAGUACUUGAUACCUUUUGAGUUUUAAAUAUUGCUGAGUGAAUGACGUGAUGGAUGCAAAAGUAAAUAGUUGUACAUUUGUGUGCUGGUUUUGGCUGGGGUGGAGUUAAUUUACUUCAUAGUAGCUGGUAGGGGCUAUGUUUUGGACUUGUGUUGGUAACGCAGUGUUGGUAACGCAGAGAUGUUUUCCUUACUGCUGAGAAGUGCUCACACAGAGUCAAGGCCCUUUCUGCUCCUCACCCUACCCCACCAGUGACUAUGCUGGGAGUGCACAGGAAGCUGGGAGGGGACACAUUCAGGAGAGCUGACCCCAACUGACCAAAGGGAUGUUCUAUACUGAGUGAUGUCAUACUUACCAUAUAAAGGGGGUUAAUAAGAAGGAAGGGGGAUGUUUGGAGUGAUGGUGUUUGUCUUCCCAAGUAACUGUUACGCGUGAUGGAGCCCUGCUUUCCUGGGAAUGGUUGAACACCUGCCUGCCCAUAGGAAGUGGAGAAUGAAUUCCUUGUUCUGCUUUGCUUUUGUGUGCAGCUUUUGCUUUACCUGUUGAUCUGUCUAUAUCUCAACACACAAGUUUUCUCACUUUGACCCUUCCAGUACUCACCCCCAUCCCACCAUGGGGAGAGUAAGCAGCUGUGUGGGGCUUAGCGCCAGCCGGGGUUAAACCACAACAAUUUGUUUGUGUAAACUGGAGCAGAUGUUUUGAUGCUGUAGAGAGUAAUAAAUUGAGAUAAGCCAUGGCCAAAGGCUGAAUAGAUCCAACUGUCCUGUUCCUGUUCCAUGACCAUUCCACAGGGAGAGCUUUAUCUCUGUUCCCUCAGGCUGUUUCUACAUUGCAGUGUCUAGUAGAUACCAGAUCUAACUUUCAAUAAGCUACCAUGGGCAAACUAACUGCAGCAGCAUGGAGUUCAGCAUAUCCUGUGUCUUGGCAAAACCAGAUACCUCUCUAGAUGAACACUUUGUAAGCAAACCUACAUAUUCUAAGGAAGACUUUUAUGACUCAGAAAGAAGAGGGAUGUCUAUGAAUUAAAUUAAUUUGGUCCUCAUAUUUUUCUUAUGGCUGUCUAGAAUUGCUAGUGUCCUGCGUGCAGCUGCCUAUAGCUAUUGUGAUGUGUUAAUCCCUGCCCCCCAGGUUCUGCUGUGAGCAAAUCUGGUGAUACUCCAAGUCUCCAGCCAGCUGUCAGCCAGGCAAAGCCCAUGGAAAGGCCUCUUGUCAGGGAGACUGAGGACAGCUCUUGCUGCACGCUUUGGGAGCGCGUAACUGCAGAGCGACAUGGUAAACCUACCCGGUAAAAUGGGAGUAGAGGAUUAGGCCAUCAGAGGAGGUGGAGAACUUGGCGAAGAGCAAAGUAUGUGUUUUGUGCCCCCCAGCAUGUGCACCAGUUCCCCUGUUAUUAACUUCCAGUUAGGACCUUUCUUGAACUCUUAGUGUCUGAGUAAAGUUUUCUUAUGCUGAUAAUGUAUUUGUAUUAUGCAACGUACUCAGAACAAAA